CCAGCAGAGCCGCGCCGACACCCGCCCUGCUGUCCGAGCUGCGCCCGUGGCCUUCGGCCCGUGGCCUGCGGCCGCCGCGCGCAUAUCGCAGCCUCCCCGGCGUCGAGCGGGCCGCGCGGCCCGCUGGCCGUGGGGCGGCGGGGCAGCCAUGGCUGCGCCCGAGGCCUCGCCGGCGCCGGCGGCGCACGCCUCCGCCAGCGGGGAGGAUGGCCCCAGGGAGGACAGCUCCGAUCUCGAGACGAUAUUCGAGAAGCUCCUGAGCGUGGUGGGCAUGCCCGCCCCUGGCCUGGACCUCGCCGCGUCGGCGGAGAGCCUGCCCUCGGCCGUCCGGGAGGCGCUCGCGGUGGCGAGCGCAGAGGAGCUGCGGACGCUCGCCGUGAUGAGCGCGGAGGAGCUCCGGGUGCAGUUCGCGCUGGUGCGGACGCAGGCCGGCGAGGAGAGCGCGGGCCAGGCUGGCCAGGCGCCGCAGUACGCGGCGCGCGAGCAGUACCCGGAGGGGGUCUCGGUGCACGUCGCGGGCCUCGACGGGCUGGACGACGUGUGGCCGGAGCAGCUGGCGGAACACUUCAAGUUCUGCGGCGAGGUCAAGCGGGUGGUCCUCAAAGUGGAGCGGCAGUUCGGCACGCGCCUGGGCUACGGCUAUGUCGACUUCGCGGACCAGGCCGGGGCCGAGGCGGCGCUGUCUCUGGACGGUGCGGAGUUCGCGGGCAGGGCCCUGAAGGUGAACAGGAAGAGGCCGAAGCCCGACAUGGGCUGGGGCGGCGGCUGGGCGGACAAGGGCAAGGGCAAGGGCAAGGGCAAGAAACCCGACUGGGGCUGGGGCUCGCAGUCCUGGCCGGCGUGGGGGGGCUGGGGCAAGGGCAGGUGGAGCCCGUACUGAGAGCCCGCGGAGGCCCGCCUGCGCCGGAGGUCCGCGGCUGUCGCGGGCUGGCCGGUCGGGCGGCAGGAAAAUGAUGGGCGGCGGCGGUGAGAAGGGUUGUAUUGCAUAAUGCUGUGCUAAUGCCGCCCGCACUUCGUCUCACGUGCUGGUGCCGAGGAGCGUGGCGAAUGGCGGCGCUGGCGCCCGUCAGGCGGGUUGUCGCAUCCGCCCAGCCCUUUCUUAUUCCCCUGCGCAACAAGGGAGGGAUGCUGAGCAGCAGUGGGAGCAGAAGGUUCCUCGUCGCUGCCAGUUCCUCGCCGCUGCCUCCCGCGAUCACCGUCGCAGCGACCGCCGCCGUGCAUCCCACGAGCCGCCCCG